GAAUUCAACCUGUAAAUGUUCUGGCAUAUAAUAUAAUAUAAUAAACAGGCACACAAACAUAUAUGAUAUAUGAUAUAUAUACUGCCUCUUAACUCUAGCUUGAUGCCCAAAGCAUGCUUGUCCAUUGAACUUUCACAAAUGGAAGAGGUGAAGCUACUUGGAAUAUACCAUAGUCCAUUUAGUUGCAGAGCAAUAUUGGCUCUGAAACUAAAGGGUAUACCAUAUGAAUACAUUGAAGAAGAUUUCUCAAAUAAAAGUCCUCUUCUUCUACAACACAACCCAGUUCACAAGAAGAUCCCAGUCCUUGUUCAUGGUGGAAAACCAAUUUGUGAGUCCUUGAUCAUCCUCGAAUACAUCGAACAGACAUGGCCACAAAACCCUUUGCUGCCUGCUGAUCCUUAUGACAGAGCCUUGGCUCGUUUUUGGGUCAAAUUUGUGGAAGAUAAGGGUCCUAUAAUUUGGACAAUGUUUCAAACCACCGGAGAAGAACAAGAAAAUGCAAUGAAGGACGGUUUAGAAAUGUUAAAAACACUAGAAAAAGCUCUAGGAGAGAAGAAAUUCUUUGGUGGAGAGUGGAUUGGCAUAGUUGACAUAUCCUUAGGAGUGUUUGCUUACUGGUUGGGAGUUUUUGAAGACAUAUUAGGAUUGAAACUACUUGCAGCUCACUCGUUCCCGCUCUUGCAUGCAUGGAUAAAAAAAUUUAUGGAAGUGCCGGUGAUCAAAGAAAAUCUUCCUGAUCGAGAUAAAUUGUUUGUGGUUUUCAAGCGCCUGAAGGAGUAGUUGUUGGCAUCUCCAUGACACUCUUAUCAUUUCUGUUAAUUUUGAGUUUUGUUUGAUGUUUCUUUGUAUUUGUAACGUAAGCGUAAGUGAUAAAUUUAUUCACGAGGAUCGGAUUACUUUGAAUUCACAAA